AUGCCCCAGAACGAACUCAUCCCCUCUUCUUGGACGGUCGAGGCCUCGACAGAAUCGGAUGACUCUCCUUCUAUUCGGUUGACCUCAUCCAGCAAUGGCGCUCCGUUCAACUUCAGCUUCGAGGCUGUCCGACCGAACGUCUUCAGGACCACAUAUACCUCCGAGAGCCACCCAUUGCCUCCUCACCCAAGCAUACCCCGCCCUGAGACCAAACUUGGGGAGAAGAAAGCCUCGAUUCAGUCGACUGAAAAGAGCAAGACAAUAAGCAUCGGAAAUGUCUCCGCAACAGUUAAUUAUUCUGGCGAGACCCCUCAUUUGGCCAUCAACUUUGACGGCCAGGAAGAACCCCUUCUCCAGGACGUGCCAAACCGUUCCUACACAGUCGAUGGACCUGGGAUUGCUCAUUACACUCGCUACAACCGUGGAACUCUCCACGUCGGCCUGGGCGAGAAGGCUGCGCCCAUGAAUCUGUCAGGUCGCCGCUUCCAGCUCUCCGCGACCGACAGCUUUGGUUAUGACGUCCACCGAACCGACCCUUUGUACAAAAACAUUCCUCUCCUCAUCAAUGCUACUCCCAAAGGCUGUGUUGCUACCUUCUCAUCAACGCAUGCUCGCGGAGAGUACUCUGUCGGCUCUGAAAUGGACGGCAUGUGGGGGUUCUACAAGGUCUACCGCCAAGACUUCGGCGGCUUGGAGGAAUACGUGAUAGUCGGCAACACGCUGAAGGACAUCGUCUCGACAUAUGCCAGCCUCGCAGGAUAUCCUCUGCUAGUCCCUCGUUGGGCCUUUGGCUAUUUAUCUGGCGGCAUGAAGUACUCUAUGCUGGAUGACCCACCUGCAAGCGAGUCGCUCCUGGAACUCGCCCGCAAGAUGAAGGAACACGACAUUCCAUGCUCCGCUUACCAGAUGUCCUCUGGGUACACCGUGGCUGAGAGGGAACCCAAGACGCGUAAUGUCUUCACUUGGAACCGCCAUCGGUUCCCGGAUCCUGAAGGUUGGAUCAAGGAGUACCACAAGAUGGGCAUGCGUCUGAUCGCUAACAAAUCCAUGCAAGUUCCUCCUGGUCUUGACAAGAGGCCCCAGAUCGGCCUCUGGGGCCGCAGCCUGCACACUGAACUCCACGGGAAGGCUUCGCACGACGCUUUGCUCGAAGUCAAUCCCGACGAACGUCCUUUCGUCCUAACCCGAAGCGCUACGGCGGGGACAAUGCGUUACGCCUGCAGCACCUGGAGCGGAGACAACACAACCAGCUGGCCCGGCAUGAAGGGUGCCAAUGCGCUAUCCCUAAAUGCUGGUCUCAGUCUACUGCACUGUUAUGGCCACGACAUUGGCGGGUUCGAAGGGCCUCAGCCGUCACCGGAACUGCUCCUUCGCUGGGUGCAGCUCGGCAUCUACUCUCCUCGCUUUGCCAUUAACUGCUUCAAGACAGGGACCGACAACAGUGUCGGCGAUGUAAUCGAGCCCUGGAUGUACCCUUCUAUCACGCACCUCGUACGCAAGACUAUCAAGAGGCGUUAUGCCCUGAUUCCUUACAUCUACUCCCUGGCACUGGAGAGCCAUGUGAGCGCAACACCUCCUCAGCGUUGGACGGGCUGGGGCUACGAAUCUGACCCGGAGGUGUGGACUAACUCUGUGCUCACCGACGGAGAGACGCAAUACUUCCUUGGAGACUCGCUCCUGAUCGGCGGCGUGUACGAGUCCGGCGUCAGCAAGGCGCGAGUCUACCUUCCUAAGAGGUCGGAGGAAGACGAGGGUUUCUUGAACCUCAAUGCGCCUUAUCAAUACUUCGCGGCAGGCCAGUGGAUUGACGUCGAUGCAGAAUGGCACGGCUCCGGCAUCGCCGUACUGGGCAAAGUCGGCGGCGCCAUCCCGGUCGGUCGUGACGUCCAGGUUCUUUCGCCCGGCGAAAAGGAAAACGUUGCCAACCUUCCCCUCGAUGAUUAUCGGGCUGUUGAGAUUUUGCCACCGCAACACGAGUCCAAGGACGGCAAGUGGCACGAGACGACGUGGUUUGAGGACAAUGGCGUGUCAGUCGUGACCAAGAACAAGAUCUCAUCGUACACCAUUGCCUAUUCCGCGGCUGCCAAUGAGAUCAAGGUGAAGUUCACUAGAGACGAGUCGUCUGGAUUCGAGGCUCCCUGGCAAUCUUUGGUUGUCAUUUUGCCGUCCGGCGAUCAGAGGACAUUGGUGAGCUCAGAUGGCAAGGACGUCAAAGCGCUGGGCGUGGAUGAGCAAGGCCGCCACAAGUUCGAGCUAAGCUGA